AACAAUCACAAUGCAACAAUCGACAAAAUUCCACAGUAAACUUUCCGCUCAAGUGGCCAGCAAGAAGAAGAAUAUCCUUAAUGUGCGACCAGCCGUACACGCUCUGAUUCUCGAGAUGUUAUUACCGCGCAUUCACAUGUUGCGCCAAAUUGUCUGGACGCGCAUAGUGCCCGAGACGCGCAUGGACGAGGCCGAUGGUGACGUGGAUUGGUGGCCAGACUAUGCCGUCUACUCGCACACGCACGCCAUAACCGAUAUGAAGGGCCUACUAUGCUUUGCUCAGGACUCGAUGAAGGGCAUGCCCGAUGAGAUGACUGCGAUUGCCGUCCGAUUCCAUCGAAUGUACGACGAGGUAAAGCAUCAGAUGCGACGCUUAACUCGUAGUCGGUAUCGUCUUGUUCUCAGUCUGAUUAAGGACAUCGUCGAGUUUGUCCGGAGUUGCCAUCGCCAUUGUGACGUCCUGUUGGAGGAACGUCGAAAACUCUACGAACGCGCCAAUGCCACUCGAGAAACUGGUGACCGUAUACGCCUUAAGAUCUUUGAUGAGCACACGUUUGUUCAGUUGCACAGCAAGAUGUCCAAUCUGAAGAGUUUCGCCCAGGAGUUUUGUGAUUUGUUCGAGCCUGGUGAUAUUGAACUGUUGCCGCCAGCAUCAGCAGCCUCGAGCGGAAGCAGCAAACGAACCAAGGCUGUUCUCUAAUGGCAACCAAUAUUUGGAUGGCCAGAGCAGGACGGGCCAGUCCAGGCCAGACCAGGCCUUCGGUUGAGGUUGGUGUUCAUUUUCUCACAGUUGGUUACAUGUUUUGUGCCUGGUCACAAUUUUACGGCAAGACACAACGGUAAUAAAAUGUUUACCCCCAGUGUAUUUGGAGUAUCUGCGAAAGCUUUUUAUGCCUCAAAGUCAAUAUAGAGUGCCACAUGCACACAAUUUUAAAACGGCAA